AUGGAUGACCGCUUUCUGUACGGGGAAGAAGUGCAACUGCAUAGAGGUGCCUUCGUCAAAAUCUAUGAAACUGCACGUGACGACUACGACAGAGAGACUACAUGUGAUGGGGCCUUUGAGGAUGAUGCUGAGUCGGCUGCCUUGAGCUGGACUGAUGAAUAUGUUGAUCUGCCAGAGGUUGACUCCUUGCUGGAUUCGGCUACCCCUUCGGGGAUCCAGAGUGAGGCUGAUUCUGUGACCCUGAUGCAAGGUCAAAGACCGGAGUCUGUUGAUGGGUCUGACCCGCCCACUACGCUCUCCACCAGACGGACAGACUCUGAAGGUCUCUGCGCUGGAUAUUCUGUGAGAGGACCAAUUGAACAAGCUCCCCAUUAUCAGAGCCAGGCGCAGCAGGUAGAAGAUCUUCGCAUUUGGCUAGCUGAUUUGCUGGGGACAGACCCCCCAGUCACUCUUUUUGUCUUUGAAGGUUUAGGCGCUGAUGUGACCACGCACCAAAUUGUCUUCACACACACAACGCUGAGUGAUGCAGCCCGAUUUCCUAUUUGGCUUCAACGAGAACUCCGCACCUUGUGGCGUGGACAAGCCAGAAUUUUUCCUCUCCAGUCAGCGCCUUAUCAUGAUCUCCGUAUUGCAGUGUUGUUGCAGGCUGCGUACGGACAUGAGCUGCCUGUUCUCCUUGAAAUCCACCAGCUUCAGGAUACCUGGAGGGAGAUCCAUGUGGUGACACAGGCGGUCACGAUUAACAGCCUCGUCUGGAGGUCGCGACUACCACAGAUCGUGCCUGAGACACAGCAGUAUCAGGUGGCCUUGUCCGGUGAGCUCGCUGGGCCGGGAGACCUUAUCCCUUGGGCACCCGGGCAAUGGCUGAGCAUCGUUGUUGGACCACUUGGGCACUACCAUGGAGAAGAUACAACUGCUUCCUCAUUGAACCCAUCGCUACCUUCUUUGAGUACUCUUGCUGCGAGCCAGGCUGCUUCCUCUUCGCUGGAUACCCCUGUUGCUGGCUUGACUGGAGAUCCACUUGAAGGUCCAAUCUUGGCGCCUUUGCUACCUGAGAUCGGGGAAAGUGACUACCCUAGGGUGGCGGAGGAUGAUCUUUCUUUUCUCUUCCAGAUCCAAGUCAGUGGCAGGGCACAUGAGUGGCUCCGAGGCCCACGGCCCUGGCUUGAGAGGGAUGAACCUCUACAGAGAGAGCGCAGACGGUUUCUGGAAUGGAGGCGGAAAGUCGACAUCACCAGAAGAACGACAAGAUUCUAUAGUUUUGACUACUUUGCCCAUGAGGCAACGGCCUUCUUGGCUGCCAGAGAACAAUGGCCUGAUUUUGUCAUCUAUUCAACAAAGGAUGAGCAAAUCACCCAUUGGGGACUGGCGGUUGAUCAAUACUUUGUGCUGGAGCGGUUUGAUUUUGCAACAGUUGUCAGAGACUACCUUCGCAGUGUGAUCCCGUUCCAUACGAAAGUAGCCUUGAUUCCUGUCAAGCCAUGGCCUGGCCUUCAUGAACAACAAGGAGAAGACGAUCUCUUCCUGUUGGUUGAUGAGGACCCUGUGUGUGAUGCAAUCCCUGUUAUGGUUAGCUUGUGGGUGCGUGAAGGGGAUCGGGCCCCUGAGCUGUCGGCUAGGGGGCCCAGCACCUAUACCAGUGGUGAAUCGAUUACGAUGCCCACUGGAACCUACUGUCGAUUUGAGUUCUAUGCACCUGAAGAAGCUGCUGAAUUGCUGUUGGACCUACCACCUCAUGUGGACUAUCUUGAGAUUUUCACUGAUGGUUCAUUCUCGACAGGCAAUGGUGAUUACAAUAUCAAUCCAUCUGACCGCCAAUUGCGUCUUCUCCGAGCACUUGUACAGGCAUACCAAACAUCUGCUGCCAAUUCGUCUCGCCUUUCUUGGGAACAUGUGAAAGGGCACUCUGGCAAUCUCGGCAAUGAAAUGGCUGACAUUUUUGCCAAAAAUGCCUUUCUUGGCCAACAAGAGCUACGAGACCAACCUCGACCGGAUUAUGCCCCUUUUGUGUUCGGAUAUCGCUUUCCCAUUGAGAGUUUUUGGUUGUAUUAUUGCAAUCUAGCUCCUGGGACUCCGCUUCUGCAGAAUGCGAUGUUGCAUUUGCCUGGAGUGCACAUUGGAGGUGACGCCAUUGAUCGCCUACCUGAGAACCUAGUCACACCACCAGAUCACAAGAUGAAGCAGAAACAGUUGAGUGUCUUUGCGGCUACCUACAAUGUCAUGACGUUGGGUCCAAGAGGUGGAUCUCUUUUUGUGCAAUACCUACGUGAACAAGCUGUGGCGCACGGUCUUGAUAUCCUGUUCCUGCAAGAAACAAGAUCGAGGCAUGACCAGCUUGUGAUCUCGGCGACCCACUACAGGUACACGGCUGCUGCUAAAGACGGUGUUGGAGGAGUGGAGAUUUGGCUAACAAGAGAAAGACGGAAGACAGGACAUGCAGCAUUUGACAAAGCCACGACGCAAGUCUUGCAUGCUGCUGCACAGUGUCUUCUUCUGAAGACCACACUCCAGGGAGUGACCCUCCUCCUGCUCACCUUCCACGCUCCACAUAGUGGAAGAGGAAGACAUGACAUUGAACUCUUUUGGCAGUCCUUGACCUCGCUGGUUAGGCCCUAUGUUCAGAAGUUCCCGAAUCUGAUCGUGGGAGCCGAUGCGAAUGCCCAUUUUGCGACGGAGCUCGAUGGCCAUAUUGGCUAUGCGGGGCUUGAGCAUGCUACUGAUCAUGGGGGUGAUUGUUUCCGACGCUUCCUGCUCGAUUUUGACUUGUUCAUACCCAGUACUUUUGAGCACAUUCACAGAGGCAGUCACCAGACCUGGUGGAGCUUCUCGGCUCAUAAAGGGGCUCGCUGUGACUAUUUUGCUGUGCCAAAGUCAUGGAGUACAUCUUUUUUCCAAACUGAAGUAAAGACAUCGCUUGACGAAGGGAAAGCUGGCAUUGACCACCUACCUUUGACAAUGCACUGCAAGAUCCUGUUCUGCACUUCUGUUCGUGUGCGGAGCAAGGAGGGUUUUGACCGCCGCUCUUUGCAAGAGGCGACAAAGGAGCAGAUCCAGGGUGUCCUUCGGGAUGUACAGAUCCCUGCUUGGCAUGAAGGCAUUGAUCAGCAUGCAAUGAAAUUGGUGCGACAGAUCCAUGACCGACUAUGUCAGGAAUUUCCUCCCAAAAAAAGGGCCACGAAAGUCGUAUAUCUCUGA